UCCAAAAGCGGUCUAUUUGCACUCACUGCUCGAACAAGCAAUCAGUUCUUCGAGUUUCUGUUUCUUCUAGACCGGCACAGCAGCAAACAAACAAACGAAAAGCUAACGUCGCAAUUCCAAAAUAAUAGUUAAAUCUGAUCCUAAUUAAGCUUAACUUUCAUCCCACACGAGGACGACGAUAUAUCCCCCAUUUUGACAGAGAAAUGGUUACUUGCUCUGGCGGAAGUUAAUUAAUUUUAGUCAAUAAACUAAAAGGAUUAGUCAAAUAAUUUUUCUCUUCUGUCGUGAUUUUUCGACGACAUGUCGACCCCACCCAUGGAGGGAGUGCCUUCUCCCCCUGGUGAUGAGGUGGACCCGUCGUGCUGGGCGAAUUUGCCCCUGCGAUACGGCAUGAUGAGGAAAAUUGAAAACGUGCUGGCGCUGGAGGGCGACUAUUUGGCGACACAAUCGUCCCCCGCGCUACGACCGGCGUGGUUGGAGCGGCCAAUUUUACAGUUUACGGAAGAAGAAGAGGCGGCGCGCGGCGAUGGGGAGUCGGAGAGGUCAGUUGACCUUAGAUUGGACGCUUAUCGUCGCAAUGGGGAUCGUUUUGUCGAGUUGAUUAGGAACGGGGCUGACCUUGGAAUUGUGUCAGAUGUGCAUUUAAUCAGUGUCUUUAUGAACCCUGGGGGACAAAUGCCGCCCCCACCCGUAAUGGUGGAUCAAAUAGUGCACAUUCCUCCUCCACCCCGCACCCCUCAACCACUUGGGUCCCCACCCCCACCGAAUUGGCGAGACGGUAAAGACAUCACUCAAAUGAUGCUAUUUUCCUUGGAGCAUCCAAACGCUCAACCUCGAAAAAACGUCACCUUUUACAUCGGACCGGACCAAGUUCCUAUUUCCGCGCAUAAAGAUGUCCUCGCCUUUGUGUCGGUCGUGUUCGACUGGGCGCUGAAUGAGAGCGCCGUCAUCUGCAGGACUGGCUCAGAAGAUGAAAGGCAUAUCCACAUAGCGAUUCGCGACGCAGAUGUGGACGGAUUUAAGACAAUGCUUAAGUACAUCUACGUACGCAGGAUUCCCUGGACCCCGGGGAAAGAUCGUGUCGCCGAGGCGAAAACUUUGCUCAGUUUGGGAUACAUGUUCGAGCUGAAGGAUCUCAUCCGAGGCUGUACGGACAUCAUUAGGAAGACAAUGAAUUUUUCCAACGCCGCCGAAAUCUUGGAAUUCGCCACAACCAAGAAGGACCUUCUCUUGAAGACUGUCGCGCUCAAUUACAUCACAGCGAAUGCAAAGAAGAUAAUCCCUACCGGUGAUUUUGUCGAGAAUUUGGGACUUCAGGCAAUCUCUGCUGUCUUGGAAAGUGACGAAUUGGACAUUUCCGAAGAAAUAAUUUUCAACGCAACGAUGCGUUGGGCGAGCGUUCAGUUCAUACGGAAAUUUGGUGCAGACGUAAAACCAGACCCCACCAUGUUAAGAGCCGAACUGGGUGACGCGCUUUAUCUCAUCCGCUUCCCACUCUUCGAUAUCGAUCAAUUCGUUCGAGUCGUACCGGACCUUUUGAGAACGAUUUUCACUGCGGAAGAGGAAGUCGCGCUCUUCCGAUGGUUCACGACCCCAGCGUCACUAACCGGAGGGAUCACAAAGGUGGGGCGAUUCUCCACGCAAAAUCGCACCUAUCGAAAGCCUUCGACUUCAUCCUCUGACAGGAGGGAAGAGACGCCACCACGUCCCGGAAGUCAUGCCGGCCCCGGCCGAUCCUGCCAAGAACCUCCCAUCAAACGAGUCAAGACUGAAAGCCAAGAAACCGUCCUCGAUCCCCCCGAUUCUGAUAUGAGUUACGAAAGUGAUGUCCCAGCACCACCGUUUUCACCGCUACACGACGUGACCCCUGACCCGCCUCCGAUUCCUCCGAUCCCUGAAUCCACGCCAGUCUCAGCCCCAACGGGACGACCCGUACGUGGCAUCCGGCCACCAAAACGACUCUCCCCUUCGUUGUUGUCCGGCAAGCGUCAUUCCUCAUCAUCAGCAGAGGUAGAUACCACACCAAAAAAUCGGGGCAAAAAAUCAGCCACUACUCAACCACUCGAAUCAUCCCCACGUGACGACAAAGAUUCCGAGUCAAACCACGAUUCCGAGUCUGAGGAUGAUAGCAACGAUUCAUCUCUAUUUACGCCAGUCAUCCGAACAACGCCACCUUCCGUUCGCGCCAUAUCUCCCCCCAAAUUUACUCCUCCUCUCGCCACAACACGUCCUCCAAGCACCCCCGGACCCAGCUCGCAACUCAUUACUCCACGUGCCACGCCGUCAUCAAUUUCGUCUUCCUCGUCCACCCCGACUCGUCGUGGACGCUCGUCUCGUGAACCGUUCCUCACGGAAGAGCAGCUCGAAUACAUCGAAGCAAAUCAGGAUAAUACAAAUGGGAAUAAUCUAAAGAAUUAUCAUCAAACUUUGAUGGUCGGCCUGGAAGACUUCCUCUCUCAGCAGACGAUCGACAUCUUGAUGCCGAGUGACCUGCAUGUCGUCAACGUGACCAAAGUCAUGCCACUCUUUAUGCCAUCUUUGACCGCGUUUCGGAUCAACUACCUCCAUCCGGCCAAGGAUCUCGGGACCUUUAAAACCUUUCUGACCAACGUCACUCUCCACAAUUCGCUCCUCUUCGUCAAAAAGUCAGAGGAAGAAGGCGACAAUUUGAGCGAAUUGUGGAUCAAUAAUUUCGAAGUUAAAAUCGACGUUAAUGGCGUCACUGUCUUGAGUAUUGAUCAUGUCAGGCAGGAGUUGACCAUUAGCAGAAUUGACAAGGCCGCCGAAUCAAUCUUGACGGGAUUGAAGUACGACGAGAACGUUCGUGGCGUCUAUUUGGAUGAGGUUCGCGUCAACCUGUUGGACUACGUGCCUACGCGCGCCCUAGAAAAACUCGUCCUCCGCGAAGUCGGCGGCCCCAUCGCGAACCAGAAGAAAUUAGUUUCCAGCUGCAAACUUCUUAAAGAACUCAGCAUCGAUAAUAUGCGACACUCGAACCAAGAAACCUACGACAUUUCGAAAGACUUUGGCUUAUUUGCGGAAGAUUAUGGACACCGCUGCCUCCGCACGAUCGCCAUGUCCAACACGAAAUUGCACUCGUCUGAAAGACUCACCGCUCGAAUUCGACACUCUCCGGUGGAAGAACUCUACAUGGACGGGUGCAGCUGGACGGUCGAAUUCGUUACCGCCGUUCCAUUUAUUUUCCACAAUUUGAAAAUGUGCAAGCUACACAAAACAAGCAAUUUGCGCCUCGUCCUCCAGCUCUUGGAAAUUACUGGACUCAAACACCUCUGGGUUUGGGAAUUAGAAUUCAAGGCGAGCUGCCCCACACAGAAACUCCCAGUCGAUUAUUUGGAAGAUAAGGUGGACUAUUAUAUACAGCUCUCUGAGGCCCGGAUGAAACGUAUCUUAACUGACGCCGGUCUCGGAACGGACCCCGUUUGGCUGAACGACGAAAAGAAAACGUUCUAUCUGGAGAAACACGAAAUGGUACAAGGUCCCGACGGAAGUGCAAGUGACACCGGAGGUCUCAGGAUGUAUUGGACCGGGAAAAAAUAUGACGAGGCUGAAGCUGCAGCUGAAUUUUCUAAAUUGUCUUUCGACCAAUUCAAGUGGAACACGUUCUAUACAGAUGUUCAUCUUUUUGAAAAAAUGAACGCGUAAAACUACGAUUUUUUGUAUGCGAAAAAUUCACUCGGAUCUUUGUAAGGUGGUAAACUGUGUAAAUUUUAGAAAAAUUGUGUUUACAAAAUAGUCAUAAACGUGAGGAUAGAUUUUUUUUAGAUGUCGUGCUUUUUGCAAACUUAAUUUGGUUAACUGAAUUGCUAGUUCCUCUAAACUUAACUUUUCUCAUAAAAUUCCUGGAAACCCGGUUGAAUUGUUUGUUUCGAAUUUAUGUUUUUUGUAAUUUUUGUUUGAAUGUCGGCUAAAUCAUUUUGCAUUUUUUAGCUCUUGAUUUUUUGUCCUUACCUAUUCUGUGGACGUAAUUUUACUAAUUAGAACAUUUACCAUUUAGAAAUGUAGCUAAUGAAUUACUGAUCUCUAGAGUUGCUUUUAAAUAUUUGAAGAAAAAACGUAGUUAAUUAAUUCGUCAAUUAUUUAAUUGGUUAAUUAUCUCUAGAGCUGAUUUACCGUUUGAUCUCUUAAUUUUGAUUUUGAAAUCAAUAGAUUGAUAUUUAAUACAUUUAAAAAAAUGUACUUUACAUAUAAUUUAAUUGCUAAUUUCAUCAGAAAUGAGUUACCUAAAAAUGUAUGGUGCCUUUUUGACGCUAAGAUUUCGACUGAAUAGUUAAUGUGAUUAAUUAUAACUAAUAUAGAUUAGCGAUUAUAAUUACUAAUCUACAAUAAAUCUGUUAGCAAUCUCAAAUUAAAAAUUUAUAAAAAUGGGAAUAAAAUCUAUAUUUAAAUAUAAUCUAUA